AGGUGAACUAUCCCUUUAAGGCACAAUGAACUCACGUACUGCACGUCGUUUCCAUGAUGACUAAAUCAGUCACACCCGACAGCAUCUCUCUCAGCCAGCGUUUAAUGUGAACUCUAAACAGAGCGAAACGGCAAAAUAAACGUAUUUUUUCUUGUUUACACUCUUACAAGAAGCAAUAGUUUACCACAGUGAAUCAGGACGAAAUUAGAGAAAAGAUUUAAGAGAAAUGCUGUGUGCACUAGGAGAGAAAGUACACCCAAAGGAUAUCAGCAACAUCCAGUUAGGAAAUCUGACAACUUUAUUCUUAAACAUCGAAAAGCGCUGCUCGCUCGCCUCCUGGAUCAGAGAAAACAUCAAGAAGAAAGAGUGCUGCUUCUAUGUGGAGGAUGGCAGGGAGGGGAUUUGUAAGUGUGGUUACCCAAAGAUCCAGCACUGCGAUGAGGCCAUCAAACCGGAGGACUAUAUGGGGGAGCAGUGGGACAAACACAGACAUGUCAGAGAGGUGCCCACCGAUGCCUUUGGAGAUAUCAGCUUUGGAGGACUUGGACAGAAAACUGGGAAGUAUGUUCGGGUAUCGUCGGACACGUCCUCUGAGAAUCUGUUCCAGCUGAUGACCGAACACUGGAAGCUGCGUUCACCAAACCUGCUGAUAUCAGUGACCGGCGGAGCCAAAAACUUCUGCAUAAAGACUCACCUGAAGGACAAGUUUCGCCGGGGCCUCAUCAAAGUCGCUCAGACCACAGGUGCGUGGAUCCUGACAGGUGGGACACACGCCGGUGUGAUGAAGCACGUGGGCAUGGCCGUGCGAGAUUACACCCUCAGCAGCGGUUUGAUGGAGGGGCAGAUCGUCGUCAUCGGUGUGGCACCCUGGGGGGUCAUUCACAACCGACACGCACUCGUCCAUCCUGAGGGUUGUUUCCCAGCGUACUACGCUCUGGACGAGCAGGGUCAGGGCCGUCUCUCCUGUCUUGAUAUCAAUCACACUCACUUCCUGCUGGUGGAUGAUGGGACUCAAGGAUAUUAUGGAGUUGAGAUUGAGCUGCGAGCCCGUCUGGAGAAACUCAUUUCUCAGCAGUCGCUGGGAAACAGAGAGAGUGGAGGGACCAUACCGGUGGUCUGUGUGGUAUUGGACGGUGGUCCAGGAACACUAAACACCAUCUACAACGCGAUGCUGAAACACACGCCGUGUGUGGUGCUGGAGGGCUCUGGACGCCUGGCGGACGUCAUCGCUCAGGUGGCAGCUCUGCCCGUGUCAAAGGUCACCCUGGUGCUUAUCAACCAGCUCAUGAAGAGGUUUUUUGGACAAGAGUACAAAAGCUUCACUGAGGUGCAGGUCAUUGAGUGGACCAAGAAGAUUCAGGACAUCAUCCGAAUGCCUCAUCUGCUCACUGUGUUUCGGAUUGACGAGGAUAAAAACUAUGAUGUUGAUGUUGCCAUUCUACAGGCUCUGCUGAAAGCCUCCAGAAGCGAUGAGCAUGCAGGACAACAGUCGUGGGAGAGACAGCUGGAGCUCGCCGUGGCCUGGAACCGAGUGGACAUCGCCGAGAGCGAGAUCUUCACCGAGGAGAGCCAGUGGACCUCCAGUGAUCUGCAUCCGGCCAUGUUUUCUGCGCUGGUGGGCGACAAACCUGAGUUUGUGCGGCUCCUGCUGGAGAAUGGCGUGUGUGUGAGGAAGUUUCUGGAGCAUGAGGACAGGCUCUGUGAGCUUUACGCCCAUCUUCCCGCCUGCUUGUUUCUGCGCAAACUCGCCAAACGAGUCCAGGGUGGAAAAGUCCACAGGGGUCAAGAUCCAGCGCCUGGAAGCCCAAAGAUCUCCUUGAGUCACGUGGCUGAAGAAGUGCGCCACCUGCUGGGGAGCUUCACUCAACCGUUAUACAUCCCGUCGCGCUACAAGAUGACUGAAGAUGAUGUCCGUUUAGCGGUGCCUUCCAAGGGUUUAGUGGAUCUGCCGUGUUCGGGGGAAGAGUGGAUCCCAGACACAGUUUGGGACCCGGGACGGGAUCUGUUCCUCUGGGCCGUCGUACAGAAUAACACAGAACUGGCAGAGAUCGGCUGGGAGCAGUGCAGAGACUGUAUCGCAGCCGCUCUGGCAGCCAGUAAGAUCUUGAGGAAGCUGGCACAGGAGAGCGGAGAGGACGACAGCGAAGAGGCAAAGGAAAUGAGAGAACUGGCCAGCCACUACGAGAAACAAGCCAUCGGUGUGUUCAGCGAGUGUCACAGCGUGGAUGCACAGCGGGCGCAGAAGCUGCUGAUCCGCGUCUCUCCGUCGUGGGGCAAAAGCACCUGUCUGUGGCUCGCGCUCCAGGCCGACGCUAAGAGCUUCAUCGCUCACUCAGGAGUCCAGGCUCUGCUGACUCAGAUCUGGUGUGGAGAGCUGUCCGUGGAGAAUCCACACUGGAAAGUGCUGCUCUGCAUGAUCUUCUUUCCUCUCAUAUACACCGGCUUCCUGACCUUCAGACGAGACGAAGUCAUCCAGAGACAUGCCGAGAGGACGGAGCAGCAGAAACUGGCCAUGGAUGCAGUCUUUUCUGGAAGCUCAGAUGCCAAAAUCAAGCGACAUUACCGCGGCUCCUCGCAGACGUCUGAGCUGGAACCUCUGAACUGUUCGUCUCGUCUCAUGAGUCUGUUCACGUCGCCUCAAGUCAAGUUUUACUGGAACAUCGCCUCAUAUUUUGGCUUUCUGUGGCUGUUUGCCGUGGUGCUCAUGAUCGAUUUCCAGACCUUUCCGUCAUGGAGGGAACUUCUGCUGUAUGUGUGGCUCACCUCACUGGUGUGUGAGGAGGUUAGACAGCUCUAUCAUGACUUUGACGGCUCUGGUUUCCGGAGGAAGGCGAAGAUGUACAUCAGUGAUCUGUGGAACUUUCUGGAUGUUCUGUCAAUCUUGCUGUUCAUUGUUGGUCUGGUCUGCAGACUUCAGGCCUCCAGUACUGUAUUCUACGUGGGUAGAGUUGUUCUCUGCAUCGACUUCAUCAUAUUCAGUCUCCGAUUGAUGGCCAUCUUCACUAUCAGCCGAACCCUGGGCCCAAAGAUAAUCAUCGUCAGGAGAAUGAUGAUGGAUUUGUUCUUCUUCAUGUUUCUGCUAAGUAUCUGGGUGGUGGCAUAUGGGGUGGCCAAGCAGGGCAUUUUGAUUCACAAUGAAGACAGACUGAACUGGAUCAUGCGUGGAGCUGUCUAUGAGCCCUACCUCAUCAUAUUCGGCAAUGUCCCCACUAAUAUAGACAACACUCAGUUUGAUAUGAGCAGCUGUAGUGUGAACGGCUCCGAUCCUCUGAAGCCCAAAUGUCCCGAGCUGAACGAGGAUAACAUGCCGGCCUUCCCAGAAUGGCUGACCAUCAUCAUGCUGUGUGUCUAUCUGCUGUUCGCCAACAUCCUGCUGCUCAACCUCCUCAUCGCCAUCUUCAACUACACGUUCCAGGAGGUUCAAGACAACACAGACACCAUCUGGAAGUUUCAGCGCUACGAGCUGAUCAAGGAGUACCACAGUCGACCCGCUCUUCCUCCACCCUUCAUCCUCCUCAGUCACUUCAUCCUCUUCAUCAGAUCAGUGCUGCUGCGCUACCCUCCUCAGAGACACAAAACCUUCAGACAGGAACUGGAGCAGACUGAGGAAGAGGAGCUGUUGUCAUGGGAGGCCUACAUGAAGGACAACUAUCUGGCAUCGACACGACAGGACGAGAGCCAGAGCGUGGAGCAUCGUAUCCAGGACACCGCAGAGAAGGUUGGUGUGAUGUCAGAACUUCUGGAGCGCGAGUCGGAGAUGGUUUCUGCCACUAUGGCAAAACGACUGUCCAAGCUUGAAGAGCAGGUCUCGGAGUCCACCAAAGCUUUACGAUGGAUCAUGGACGCGCUGAAAUCUCAGGGAUGCAAGUCCAAAAUGCAGCCGCCACUAAUGACAGGUAAAAGCUGUGACAGAGAUGAUGGUGAUUCCAGUGGACAGGAGACAGAUGAAGAAACAGCUCCUCACACGUUUGCACGUCAGCUUCAGUAUCCCAGCAGUACUGUCAAACGCUUCCCCGUGCCUGAGGAGAAGGUGCCCUGGGAGGUAAACUUCACUCAAUAUCAUCCCCCGGUUUACAAUCACCAGGAUAGCAGCGACCCUGACACUUCAGUCUUGGACAAGCACAGGAAUCCAGGAGGAAGGACUGGGAUUCGGGGAAAAGGGGCUCUGAAAUCCCUCGGUCCGAAUCACAUUCUCCACCCAAUCCUCACCAGGUGGCGUGAUGCUGAACACAAGGUGCUGGAGUUUCUCGCCGUUUGGGAGGAAGCAGAGAAACACUGGGCUAUUCCUGGGUGCUCAGCUAAACCCGAUGAGCCUCUAGCACAGACUCUGGAGAGGAUUCUGGGCAAAAAGUUACAUGACAAGACCAAGUCUAAACUAGAGGCUGGAGAAGAGGUGUAUAAGGGUUAUGUAGAUGACAGCAGGAACACUGAUAAUGCCUGGAUAGAGACCACCAUCGUCACACUUCACUGUGACAAACACACUAUGCUCAUGGCAGAUCUGAACCGCAUUGUCGAGAGCUCGCCGUCGUCACAUCAGCCGCUCCAGUGGCGGGAAGUGAACAGCGCUGCGUGUGUGUGUCCGUACCAACGAGAGGCUCUGCGUCAGAUAGCACAGUGUCAUAACACACACUUUUGACCCUCAGGAAAACACAUAAACACACUCCACACUCCUGUGUCUUUAAAGGUGUGGCAUUUCUGUGCCACAAACUGUGGAAGAUUGUUUCUGCCACAGGACAAAAAAUUAAAAAAAGAUACUUGCGACUUUUUAUCUCAGAAGUUGGCUUUUUUUUCUAAUGUCAGAAUUGUAAGAUAUAAGCUCAGAAUUGUGAGAUUUAACUCAUAGUUCUGAAAAAAAUAAAAUAAAAAUCAGAUCAUAUAUCCUUAUUUAAUUAAAGCAUGAAAAAAACAGGAGUGAACAUCAGAACCUAUUUUAUUUCAACCACAGAAAGACGUAAAUUCACACAUUUUUCAAGUUUAAGUCCACCGGUGUUAAUCUACUCUCCUGUCUGAUCUGUUUGUCGGACAAAUUGGUUCAUUAAGCGUUAUGAUUGGUCAGAUCGCCUGUCAAUCACUCUCCCUGUGAAAGGUCACUUCUGAGUUUCUGCCUCUCAAUUCUCAGGUUAGACCUUGGAAUUCUGACUUUUUUUUCUUGAUACAACAAUUCUGACUUUCAGUUUACGGAUAUCUCACAAUUCUGACUUUGUUUCUUGAUUUUGCAUCAUUAUUUUUUCUCACAAUUAAAAAAAAAAGUCUGAAUUGCGAGUUCUUUUUUAUCCUGUGGCAGAAAUGGGCUUGCAUGACAAACAGCAGCAAACAAAAUUGUGUUCAAACUAGUUUUUGGAUCACAGUUUUGUUGUAUGCUGUUAACGUUGCCAGGUAUGUCGCUCACUUUCAUGCAGAUUUCUGUAUAAUCCAUAAGCCAUACAGUUAGCUUCACACAUAUGGUGCUUUGAAUAUGUUUUAUAAUGCAUUAUUGUAUUUAUAAGCUAUUUUGCACAGAUGUUUCGGCAUCUGGGUCAAUAUGAAUUUUAAUAUGGUUGUUGAACAUUUUAAUUUACAAUGCAGAUACCAAAAAUCAAGUUUUUAGUUGUGCACAGACAAAUCUACUGUUCUAUAUGCAAGAAAUAAAUGUAUUGGUAGCUAGUUGAAGGGCGAAAAAGGACAUUUAUUUUGCAAUGGUGACCAAAUGGCUGUAUAUUAUCCCACAUAUUACAUGGCUAUUAACCAAAUAAAUAAAUAAAUAAUUAUAUGCACGGUCAAUAUUUAAAUAUUUAAAACAUACAUUUCAAUUGAGCCUUAUUUAUUAAUUUCUGAAAAGAGUAGGUUAUACAAAAGAAAUGAACCAAAGGUGCAUAAAUGCAUAUUAUGUACAUAUUUCAACACUUCAUGUAGCAGUAAUGCACAUGCCUUUGAUUAAUGUACAGUGCUGACAGGAUUUAAUGGCCAGAUGGCAGAUUAGGUGGCAUUGAAUUAUGGGAUGUCAGCAGGCAGAUACAUUUGAUUAUAUUAUUCCACAUUGAACAUUAAGCUGCAUUUUAAAAGCAAUUAUGCAAUGCCUUUAAUAUCAUAGCAAAUGCAGACAUGUGAACAAUGAACUGUCCUCAUACAGUUUUAAGCGAGCCAGGUUUAAAAUAAAUAUCUGCAUUGUUAUGAGAACUGAAUAAAAAGAUAC